UAUGAAAAAUUAACCCUAAGUUGACACAACGUUGGAUACUGAAGUCACAGACAACGCAGCAAAACCUCAACCUCUUCAAAUUCUCUUGUUUUUCACUUUUUCUCCCAUCGAAUUCAUCUUCAUCUUCUCCGAUCAUCAAACCCCCAAAUCGGAGUUGCAGAAAAAUCCAUCAAUGGAGAUCGUCUCAAGACAACACGAUACCGAAAACCCAUCUCCCGCAAACUCUCCGUCUAGCAACGGCAGCAGUAGCAACAGCAAUGGACAUGCCGCCGCUGCCGGCGGUGGUGCCGCCAUCCAAACCCCACCACUAACUCCAAGACCCGUUUCAAGAUCCGAACCAAAUCCAUACCCAACCACUUUCGUCCAAGCCGACACAACUUCCUUCAAGCAAGUAGUCCAGAUGCUAACCGGAUCAUCCAAACCGACCCAACAACCAGAUCCGACUCCGUCCAAGAUAUCCAUACCGCCGAUCAAAACCGGCCAACAGAAAAAACAAGGAUUCAAGCUCUACGAACGCCGGAACAGCCUAAAAAACGGGCUUAUGAUUAACCCGUCGGUGCCGAAGUUCGGCCACGGCCAUGGAUUAUCACCGAGAAUCCAUGAAAUACUCUCGCCAAGCAUUCUUGAUUUUCCGUCGCUUGUUCUAAGUCCGGUGACGCCAUUGAUCGAAGACCCGUUUAAUAAAUCAUCGCCGUCGAUUGGGAAUUCGUCGGAGGAAGAAAGGGUAAUUGCACAAAAAGGGUUUUACUUGCAUCCGUCGCCUAGGGCGGCGACUCCACAUGGGACGGCGGAGCCUCAGCUGUUACCUCUUUUUCCGGUCACGUCGCCGCGGGUAUCGGAAUCGUCGAUUUAGAUGAUUUAUUUAAUUACGAUUAAGGUUAGAGAUCUUUUGCUUUUAAUUGUACAAUUUGGAUCUCUGAAUUCCAAUCGAAAUUAAAAUAAUAAUUUCAAUUAAUUUUCAACAUUUUAUUUC